AUGAGAUACAUGCCAGAAAUGAAGUCCCCACCACAUCUCCUGAAGAAAUUUUUAGUAUGUGACAUCCCUCUGUAUGACAUCUGUGAUUACAAUGUCACCAGGGACCGGUGCAAGGAGCUUGGGUGCUGCUUCUACAAGGGUGUCUGCUAUGAGAAAGCUGUUCCCAUUUAUGUGCCAGUGUUCUCCACCCUGAUCGUGAUUGUAGCUGGGGUCUUCAUCAUCACCAUCAUUUACAGGAUUGUUCAGGAGAGGAGAGAGAAGCUUUCCGCAAAGAGCUCAAAAACCUCGCAGAAGACGCACUCCUCCAAGAAGGCCAGCGAAAGCCAAGGAAGAGAAGGAACAGAGACAGUCACAGAGGAUGAAGAUGAGGACUGA